CUGUGAGGGCAACCCUUGUUUUAUACAGUCUAUGGGGCAACCUAAAGUAACUCAGUGCACUGAUGAACAAAUAUACAUGGGAAGUAUAAAACGAGCUGUAAAGCGUAGAAUAAGACGAGAAAAUGCUUUAAAUUCUGUAAUUCUUUAGGCUUUAGCUAAGCUAAUUAGCCUCAUUGAUCUUGUGGGCUGCUCUGACAUUUUGUCAUGCUUCAUGUUGGCUGACUGGAGUUUUUCCACCUUUUGAAAUGGACAACGGCCCCAUUUAUGUCAGAGAAAAGGGCAACCUUCGUCGUGUCCGUGACAUAGUCCUGGCUCAACCGAAACCAGCAUCAUCCUGCAGGAGGACUGAUCCGUUUGUGCUGAAAAAGGAGCAUUUUAUAUUCACCUACAAUGAGGAGGGGAAUCUCAGAUACACCACAAAGUCCCUGUUCGACAUCUCUUUGUUGUUCGUAGUUGACAACAUCCACCAUGUGGACUCUUUGGUGGGCUUUCCCGAGCAAAUAGGGGACAGACUUUUUGUAGCAGCUGAAGAGAAUCGCGUGUUUUUAAACCCAGACGUUUCUGCAAAGGCACUGAGGUUAUUCAGUGAUGCCUAUGGGCCAAUGGUGCUGGGAUCCCUCUGCAUGAGAAACAGGUUUCCACUACUACAUGAGCGGAUGGAUGAGAUAAAAACAUUUCACAGUUUAAAGUCUCUGGAUUUAUUUGGCUGCAAACUGGGUGAUGAUCAUGAACUAUUCCAGCAUUUAACAUCUGCUUCCCUGGCAAAAAGCUUGAUUCAGCUUUCCAUUGGCGGUAACGGCUUGUCAGACGUUGGCCUGCAAAGACUGACUGCACCUAUCCGGGUGAUGCGGAAGGGACUGGACUGUCUCCAGCUCCUGGAUCUUUCCCGCAAUCCAAUCUCCGAAAGGGCUCUCAGAUACCUCACAUGCCUCCCAAAGCUUGUGAAGCUGGAUAUGUCCGGGACCAAUAUGAAGCUCGGUACAGGAUUGAAGACGAGCAUGUGGAAGCUGCUGGGCCUAAUUCAUUCGGAGAAACCACUGAACACCUUUGACCACUCGAGAUGUAAAACCGAAGGUUGGGCAGAGCAGGUUGUAAGUCAGUGGGAAACAAGUGCCUCCCAAGUGCCAAAACAGAAGAAAAUUGAAGAAUCAAGGAUGUCAGCUCUUCGCUUUUUUGGGAGGCAGAAGUUUGUCAGAGAUGUACUGAAUGGAGCAUCCCUGAUUGACAAGAGUGCGGAGGAGGCCGGCAGGGAGAGGCUGCAUUUCUACAGACCCACAACAGUGAAUCACAUUAAAGAGAACCCCGUCCCCCCCACCAAAACCCCUCAAGCGAAGUCUCCCUGCUGUCACAGCCAGAAAAGGAGGCAGGAGUCAGAAAAGUGUGACGCCUCACAUCAAAGCCCUCCACCAAAACGUUUGCCACCGCCGGCUCUUACUGCAGAGGAUAUGGACCUGUUGAACAGCUACUGAGAGAAGGAUGCACCCCAGCAGCAUUCCAUACACACAAAGCACAAGAGCGGCAGUCAAAAAGGUGGAAUUCAGCCUCGCAAAAAUAAGAACUGCCUGCAGAUGACUUACACUGGUGAACUGUCAAAAUACAUUGAGUAUUUUCUUUUAAGAAGUAAAUAAAUAAAUAAA